GGAAAUAUUUCCGUAAUGAAGCUCUUAUUGCGCCGUGACAGUUCUCCAGCAUAUAGCUCAGAUUCAAACGGUUUAUCUCCUGUACAUAUUGCUGCUAAGAUGGGCUACGGUCAAUUCAUCUACGAGCUCUGUAGAUUUUGCCCAGAUUGUGACGAAUUGCUUGACAGUAGAGGAAGAAAUUUCCUUCAUACUGCUAUUGAGCAUAAGAAAUGGAAAGUUGGCUGGCGUUUCUCUGGUACUGCAGAUCUUGGAAGGAUGGCAAAUGUCAUGGAUUCAGAAGGCAGCACACCUCUGCAUCUUGCAAUCAAGAAUGCAGACCAGAUGAUAGUGAGCCUUCUUAUGGCAACAAAUAGUGUGCUGCCGAAUAUAGUGAACAACCAGGGCCUCACCGCCUUAGAUCUUGCUGUACUGGCAACUGACAAAGGCAUAAGUUAUACACUGAAUCCUCAGGUCAUCAUACUCCGCUGUUUGGCAUGGACUGGAGCUGUCCUUAGUCCUCGUCGCCUUGAUCAUUUCAUCGAUGAUUUUGGCAUUGGCAAAACUUCAGGAAACGAGCUCAAGAAAUUCACCAACAUUGCACAGAAAAAGCACGGAAUUGUAUUUAUUUUUUAAUUAGGCUGAAGGAAAUUAUAACAAACAAAUGCAUCGAAACAUGAUUAUUUAAACAAAGUUUCUUAAAUAUGCUUGUUGAGUGUUGACACUGUUUUUAUUAGAUUCAUAUGCUAACUUUGGUACGAUUCUUCUCACUGUUGAGUCCAUUUAUAAUUGUACCUCAGUCCCCAGGUUCAUGUGGUUUAUUUGCAUGCUGAUUUUCAAAACAUCGAGUUGGCUUGAUAUUUGCACCUUUUUUUCCUCUAACAUUGUUUGUGUCAUCUUAAUAGAAAUGGAUUAUUAACUUUAAUCAGCAGUUGCCUUAUUAUGCUUCAAUCUUAUUUGUUCAAUUUCACUUAUGGUCCUGCUUCACCUGCAGAUCGUGGAAAGUUUAUGAAGUUUUGUUGGGGUUCUGGAUGCAUAAGAUAGUGGUGUAUGUGAUUUGCCCAUAGUUUCUGCAGCCUCAUUGUUUCCAUUUGGGAUCAAUAAAGCUUCAUGCUCAUGGAUAGGGCUGAUACAUCAGGUUUUGUCAGUGGUGGUAUACAUUACAUGAACAUCCAUGUGUAUUUUCAUUUUGUGUAUACUAUGUGCUUCCUCAGUGGUGAAGUUGUAAAGCUGGA